AUGAUGCGCUCCAAUGUGGUGAGAGGUAUCAUUCUUGCACGCCUCCAACCAACACCGAGUAUCUCACUACGAUGCUGGCAACCAGUCCUCCAACUGAAACGCCUCUUCUCCGAGAAAACAUCGCCCACAGCAGACGAAGAAGUAGAUAUCCUCAUAGUCGGCUCCGGCGCCGGUGGUCUAACGGCCGCCCUCCGCGCCCGAACCCUCGGCCUCAACCCCGUUGUCAUCGAAAAGGAAGCAACACUCGGUGGCGCGUCAGUGAUCUCAGGCGGAGGCCUCUGGAUCCCAGCAAACCCAAUAUCCAAAGCCGCAGGCAUAAACGACUCCAAAGAAGAUGCCCUCGCGUACUUUGAUCGAGCCGUCGGAGACGUCGGGCCAGUGUCGUCGCUGGCGAAGCGCAAGGCGUAUCUAGAUAAUGGGCCACAGAUGAUUUGCUUCCUGAGAGACCUUGGUUUUGAAUGGAGAUUUAGUAGGGGGUAUCCGGAUUAUUACCCCAAGACGAAGGGCGCCAUGGGGAAAGGAGGUGGGAGAACUAUCGAGUCUGUCGCUUUUGAUACUAGGAAGCUGGGAAAAUGGCAAGCUACGCUGCCGCUUGCAAACAUACCCGUGGCAAUCCACGGUGAGCAAGCACCAUGGAUCACAAUGAUGACGGCUUCUCUCCAAGCUUUCAUCAAGUCGACCCGAAUCAUGCUACCCAUCGUCGGCAAAACCAUCCUUGGACAGAAACUCGUCAGCCUAGGCCGCGGACUCAUCGCGCAGCUUCUCUACCUCAACAUCAAACACGCAACCGACAUCCGACUACGUACCUCCCUCCUGGAUCUCACAAUCUCCCAAGCAGGAAAAGUAACCGGCGCAAGAGUCAAACUCCCCGAUGGAACCACCAAGACCAUCAAGGCAUCCCGGGCCGUCAUGCUUGCAGCAGGUGGCUUCGCGCACAACAAACCUCUCCGAGAGAAGUACGGUCCGACCCCAGCCAGCACGUCAUGGACCAACUCGCCCAAAAGCGACACAGGCGACGCUGUCAUCGCGGGGCAGAAACUCGGCGCGGCGACGGCGUUGAUGGAUGAUGCGUGGUGGGGGCCGACCAUCUUCGACCCGGUGACGGGCAAACCUCACUUUGCGCUUAUAGAGCGAUCUCGACCGCACUGUAUCAUCGUCGACAACGCCGGGAAGAGAUUUAUGAACGAGGCGCAGUCUUACACGGAUGCUGGACACGAUCAAUAUGAGAGGAACAAGUCUGUCAAGGCGAUUCCAGCCUGGUUGAUUAUGGAUACGAACCACCGGAACAGAUACAUGCUUGGCACUCAGCUGUUCGCGAGAAUGAAACCUAAGAAGCCGAUUGCGAAUGGAGCAAUGUUCGCGGCAAGCACUCUGAGAGACUUGGCGAAGCAGAUUGGAGUCGACGCUGAAGGUCUGGAAGGAACCAUCAUGAGGUACAACGACAUGUGCAAGACUGGCGUUGACGCAGACUUUGGAAAGGGUGACAACGCAUAUGAUAACUUCUUCGGUGACCCCGCCGCUGGCGGGCCCAACCCAAACAUGGGAGCAUUGAGCAAGGCACCGUUCUAUGCUAUCGCCAUUUGGCCAGGCGACUUGGGCACUAAGGGUGGCCUCGUUACUGAUGAGCAUCAAAGGGUACUAAAGGAGGACGGCGAGGCGAUUCCUGGGCUGUAUGCUAUUGGUAACACGGCGGCGAGCAUCAUGGGGCGGACUUAUCUGGGAGCUGGAUCGACUUUGGGUCCUGCAAUGACGCAUGGCUUCCUUGCAGUCAAUCGCAUCGCCGAGUCCUGA